AUGUUCCGGACCGCCAUCAUGAUGGCUGCCAGCUUGGCCUUAACCUCAGCCGUGAUAGCUCACGCCUAUACCUGAAGCAACCAGUUCUACCCCACCGUGGUCUACCUUACCAAGUCGAGUCCCAGCAUGGCGGUGAGUCUGCCCCUCGCCAGCUUCGUCUUGGUGUUCCUGCUCGGUAAUCAUGGGCAAGUGUUUUUCGGACAACUCGAGCGGCCAGAAGAAAUGGAGCAUCUGCUCGAGCGCUCGUGGUACGCCGUGACCGAGACCUGCCUGGCCUUUACCGUCUUCAGGGACGACUUCAGUCCUCGGUUUGUGGCUCUCUUCACCCUCCUCCUCUUCCUCAAGUGCUUCCAUUGGCUGGCUGAAGACCGGGUGGACUUUAUGGAGAGAAGUCCCAACAUAUCUUGGCUCUUCCAUUUCCGCAUUGUCUCUCUCAUGGUCCUUCUGGCCAUCCUCGAUUUCCUGUUUGUCAGCCACGCUUACCACAGCAUCCUGACCCGGGGGGCUUCCGUCCAGCUGGUCUUUGGCUUUGAGUAUGCCAUCCUCAUGACGAUGGUGUUGACCGUCUUCAUCAAGUACCUGCUGCACUCCAUCGACCUCCAGAGUGAAAACCCCUGGGACAACAAGGCCGUCUUCAUGCUCUACACAGAACUCUUCACGGGUUUCAUCAAGGUCCUCCUCUACAUGGCCUUUAUGACUAUCAUGAUCAAAGUGCACACCUUCCCUCUCUUCGCCAUCCGGCCGAUGUACCUAGCAAUGAGGCAGUUCAAAAAGGCAGUCACAGAUGCCAUCAUGUCUCGUCGGGCGAUCCGCAACAUGAACACAUUGUACCCUGAUGCCACCCCAGAGGAGCUGCAGGCCAUGGACAACGUUUGCAUCAUCUGCCGGGAGGAGAUGGUGAUGGGUGCGAAACGCCUGCCAUGCAAUCACAUAUUCCAUACCAGCUGCCUCCGAUCCUGGUUUCAGCGCCAGCAGACCUGCCCCACCUGCCGGAUGGACGUCCUGCGCGCCUCCCUGCCCACCCAGUCGCAGCCGCCCCCCGAGCAGCCGGAAGGAGGGCAGCACCCGCCCCCCCAUCAGGCCCCCUUGAUGGCUCAGCCACCCAACUUCCCUCAAGGCCUGCUGCCUCCGUUUCCCCCCGGGAUGUUCCCUCUGUGGCCCCCCAUGGCUCCCUUCCCUCCAGUGCCGGGCGCCCAGCCCCCCAACAAUGCCGACGGUGCCGCGGCGGCUGCGUCCUCCCCGCCAGGAUCCCAAGGGGCAGGCGCCCCCAGGCCCACCGGGGAUUCGGCCACCACGUCGGACGCCACGACCUCCGCAGGGACCGCCGUGCCGGGUUUCCCCUUCCCUCCUUGGAUGGGGAUGCCGUUCCCCCCUCUCUUUGGUACGUUCCAAGGGUGCCUGGGCGAUUUCCCUCCGAUGCCUGUUCCCCCCUCGGAUUUUGCCGGGCUGACGGAGGAGGAGUUGCGGGCCAUGGAAGGCCACGAACGGCAACACUUGGAAGCCCGGCUGCAAUUACAGAAUAUCCACACCCUUCUGGACGCCGCCAUGCUCCAGAUCAACCAGUAUCUGACUGUGCUGCCACGAUGGGGGAUGCCUCGAGCUGCCCCAACGCCCCCCAGUGCUUCUGCCCCUUCGAUGGCCCCUCCCGAGACCCCGGCUAGCCCUGAAUCGAAUUCCAGCGAAGCCACCACCUCCACCUCCCAGCCGGCGGACAGCACCUCUUCACCAGAUACAUCCCCAGACCAAGGAGAGGGGUCAACACAGCCCUCCAGCCUCAACGGAGACCCUUCCUCCCCGGAAGAGCCCAACGCAGCUGAGCUGCGCAGACGCCGACUUCAGAAACUCGAACUGCCUUCUUCUGCCUCCCAUUGAGCGAGAGCCGUGACUCCCUUGCCAGAACCGAUGGACAUUUUUCCCCCCCUUUCUCUUUGCCCCACCCCAAAAUAAAAUGGGGAAAAAAACCCCGGAUCUAAGAAGACCCAAGCCCCCUCCCCUCCUCCUCUUCCUCCUCCUCUUCAUUGCGGCCGCAGAAACCAGAAGAAAACCCAGCUGUCUUUUAAACUCGGGCACCAAACGUGGACCAUGAUCCGUUCUACAGGACCUCCGUGGUGGGGGGACAACAGGCCAUGUUUUAAUCACGGCUUACACCUUUCCGAGGAAUAAUUUAGCGGUGUCUUCUACAAUAACAGAGACCGCGCAGACUGGCCCUCGUGGCACCAGCCUAGCCUGCUGCCCGAGGUUUCAAAAUCUCUUGCGUUUUUGACCCGGAUGGAGCGUGAGCUCGCCGAAAACCGAGGUUGGAGGGCGAGGGUCUCAUUUGGGGAGGGGGAGAAAGAGAGAGAGAGAGACGCUGUUUAAAAAACCGUGGUUCUUAAGCUUUGAGAAUUUCUCUUUAAUUUGACAAGGGUAGAGCUAUUUUUCGACAACCCUAUUUUGGUCCUUGUGACUCCCCCCCCCCCUUUUUUUUUUCCUUCUUCCCUAGGCUGGGAACCGCAUUGCCCACCUGUAAUGUUUUUGGCUGGGCCCGUCCUUAAGGGGAAGCAAGAAACGGUCCUUUUGCAAGAACGAAGGAGGAGCGGGACGGAGAAUUUAUAUUUUUGUAAGGCGGGUGGGUAGGUGAGAUGGAUCUCUGGAUCGUUUUGGUCUUGCGGAAAGUUUUAGUCCUGUUCUCUUCGAUCCCUCCCCCCCCCCCCCCAAUGCAGCCAGCCUGGUUGGGGUGGGGUGGGGGUGCAGAGAACAGGGGGCGUUGCACAGCUUUUGAACGAAUGGGGGCGUUGCACAACUUUUUUUUUUCUCUCUCUCUCUCUCUCUACGGAGCUGAGCAAUUUUGCACCGCAGUAAACCUGUGACUUGAAUCUUUCUCCCC